GGUGGACGCCGCACUGUGUCGCUACUGCUGCUCUCUGCCUGCCUCUCACGAAACACUAACCCAUUGGGGAGAGAGCUGAGAGCGCAGAUCCGAGGCAAGGCAACUCCAGCGCAGCAGUCAAGGAAUAUUCAGCGAACAUCAUAACUUAUUAUUUUUUGAAAGCACAGCGUUUAUCAGCUUUGCGGCUGCGGAUAGAAGACGCGGAACGGGUGGGAUCGUCACCGAGUUGUCACCUCGUCUGAAUAAAUAAGUUAGGCUAAUGAAAUGGCAUUAGGUUUUUCUGUGUACGCUUGACUAUCAGGAGAAUCGAAACGCCGCUCAGCUCGCGAGGGAGUGCAGGGAUCAUAUUUCCCUACUCUCUGUGAUCGCAUUACUUGCUCGCAGCCGAUACCCUGGAAUGGACUUAUCCAAUAGCUAAUGCCAAGACUGGAUCUAUUUUAAUAACAUUGUUUUUAAAGACACUGCGUUUUUUUAAAGUUCGCUUCUUCUAACCUUUUUAUAAUUGAAGGGUUGUCCCAAAACUCCGCGGCAAUGGGGGAGCAGCCAAUCUUCACCACCAGGGCCCAUGUGUUCCAGAUUGACCCGACCACCAAGAAGAACUGGGUCCCAGCCAGCAAACAGGCAGUCACUGUUUCCUACUUCUACGACUCCACACGCAACAGCUACCGCAUCAUCAGUGUAGAUGGAUCCAAGGUAGGGGUGAUCAUCAACAGCACCAUCACCCCAAACAUGACCUUCACCAAGACCUCCCAGAAGUUUGGCCAAUGGGCUGACAGCAGAGCCAACACAGUGUUCGGACUGGGGUUCGCCUCCGAGCAGCAGCUGGCCAAGUUUGCUGAGAAGUUCCAGGAAGUGAAGGAAGCAGCGAAGCUGGCCAGGGACAAGUCACAGGAGAAGAUGGAGACAUCGAGUAACAAUUCCCAGGAGUCGGGUCGUGAGACCCCCUCGUCCACCCAGGCCUCAAGCAUCAACGGGACGGACGAUGAGAAGAUCUCCCACGGAGGACCGGAGACCGCAGCGCUGAUGAGCGAGAAUGACAAACUCAAGACCACUGUGGAACAGAGUAACACCAAUGCUAAGAAGUUGGAGACAGAACUCCAGACUCUACGGGACAGUAAUGCUCGGCUGGUAGACUCGCUAACGGAGUCCUCUGCUAACGUAGAGAUCUGGAAGAAACAACUCGACACCUGCAAGGAGGAGAGCGACACGCUGAGGGAAAAGAUAGCAGAGUUGGAGUCUCAGUGUGAAAAGGCCAACGUGGAGAAGGAGAGGAACUCUAAGCUGACUGUACGAGUUCAGGAGCUGGAGACGGAGCUGCAGGACAAGGAACAGGAACUGGAGAACCUGAGGAAGCAAGCGGAGAUCAUCCCUCAACUCAUGGCAGAGUGUGAGAGCAUCACAGAGAAACUACAGGCUGCUGAGGUGAAGAACAAGGACCUGGAGGAUAGGAUGGAGGGUCUUCAGGUCGACAUCGAGGACAGCCAGUCCAGGCAGGGCAACAUGAAGGGAGAGCUGAAGAAGUUCAUGGACGUCCUGGAUGGGAAGAUUGAUGAGCUGCACGAGUUCAGGCAGGGCCUGUCCAAACUAGGGCUGGAUAACUGAGGGAGGAAGAGACAGAGGAGAGAGGGAUGGAGGGAGGGAUGACCGGUUAGAGAUGGGAGGUUUUAUAAAUACCUUCAGGACAGGACUCUGUGGUGCCACGCCCCCAAAGUGGAGACCACACUGAAUCAAUCAGGGGGGGGGGGGGGGUUGAGAGAGGCCAGGGCAGACAGGGGAUCACCUGAUGGUUCCAUCUGGUGUAUCAGUCAGUCAGUGUUCUGGAACUAGAACCUAGAGUCUUCUCUCUGGUUACUGCUCUGUCUCUGUGGGGGGAGACAGGUUCCAGUUCUAGAACAGGUGACAGGUUCUAUAGUUCUGUCUGUUGUUUCUACAGGCUGAACUAAGAGGGAAGAAAGGGUUUAAAAAGGGCUACAUGUAUUUAAACUACAGCUAAUGCAGUACUACAACAGAUACGUAAUGAUCCCACACUAUCCUACUGGUCUCUUUAUGACAUGAGGGAAAUAUAGAAGAUAUAUACUUGUCUUUAUAUUAUUGCUUCAUGUCGAUCUCAGGUGUGUUUAAAGACAGUUUGUUACUUGUUAAUAUGCGCAUACACGACAAAUACAUGACACGGCGGUGUCAUCAAGUGCCUCAGGAGAACCGGCCAAACUAGACGGAUGAUGACCAUGCAUCACCAUAGUAACGCACUAAUUAAAUAUUGCUAUGAAAAUUAAACAUGUUUAAACCAUUAUUUAAGGAAUCCUAGUAGUGUGACAACCACAACAGGACAACCACCACAACAACAACAGCCACCACAACAAUGACUACAACAGGACAACAACAACACGACGACAACAACAGGACAAUAACAACAGGAUGACAACAACAACAGGACAACAAAAGAAUAAUAACAUCAACAACAGAACAAUAACAACAACAGGACAAUAACAUCAACAACACGACGACGACAACAACAACAGGACAAUAACAACAACAGGACAAUAACAUCGACGACGACGACAACAACAACAGAACAAUAACAACAACAGGACAAUAACAUCAACAACACGACGACGAUGACGACAACAACAGCAGGACAAAAUGAGAAGAAGAGGAGAAUAAAGGAGGAAAAUCUUGUUUGAAAAAAGUAGUUCUGUUGAUGAUGUCAUAAUGACGAGACCGUGAAAGGGAAUGAACAGAUGUUUGGUUCAAUAACAGACGUUUCAAGGAUUUGAAGGGUUUCGGUAAAACAUGAACGUUUUGAAUCUGCAGCACUGUAAUGUAAUGCGCAUAAGAAAUGAAGACGAGGCUCCUUUUUAGAGAUGUGAAUAGAUGAAACCAGGACUUUAUAGUCCGAGGAGGCAGAGAAACCCUAAACUAUGCUAGAUAACCCAUUUGUAACGAGUGCAAUGUUUAAUGAGGAUUUUGCAUGUGUGUAAUACUUCAUAUUUCUUUCUGUCAGUUUUCUAGAACAAAUGUAUGAAGUAUGUCUUUAAAAUCUGUUGUUCAUAUAGGAUAUGUGCUUCCUCCACUACUUUGGUCUGUUUGUUUUAUUAGUCUGGUCAGUGGGGAUAUUUUAGGGGGGACUUGGUUGUUGCUGCUGGCUGGGUGAACUAUAAACUAGGAACUAUGGGAAAGAAUACUUAAUGAAAACAACACAUGAUCUGGGCCUUUAAAUCAACCUUGUGAGAUCUCUUUAGUUUGACUUAUUUAUGAGAACAACACAGGAUCUGGGCCUUUAAAUCAACCCUGUGAGAUCUCUUUAGUUUGACUUAUUUAUGAGAACAACACAUGAUCUGGGCCUUUAAAUCAACCCUGUGAGAUCGCUUUAGUUUGACUUAUUUAUGAGAACAACACAUGAUCUGGGCCUUUAAAUCAACCCUGUGAGAUCGCUUUAGUUUGACUUAUUUAUGAGAACAACACAGGAUCUGGGCCUUUAAAUCAACCCUGUGAGAUCGCUUUAGUUUGACUUAUUUAUGAGAACAACACAUGAUCUGGGCCUUUAAAUCAACCCUGUGAGAUGUCUUUAGUUUGACUUAUUUAUGAGAACAACACAUGAUCUGGGCCUUUAAAUCAACCCUGUGAGAUCUCAUUAGUUGGACUUAUUUAUGAGAACAACACAUGAUCUGGGCCUUUAAAUCAACCCUGUGAGAUCGCUUUAGUUUGACUUAUUUAUGAGAACAACACAUGAUCUGGGCCUUUAAAUCAACCCUGUGAGAUCGCUUUAGUUUGACUUAUUUAGCUGAUUUUCUGUGUGUUUGUGCCUAUCACAGUUAGUCUCUCUCUCUCUCUAUGGAAGUGGCCCCAGUAUAUAUGACAACAUUACCUUAAUGUGUGGAUGUUUCUCUACAGAUUAUAUUAUAUGUACCCAUUUUUCUGGGCUCAACUUUUAUAUAAUAUAAUAUUUUGGGAGCGGGUAUGGUGUGAUGAUAUUAUAUAGUCCCCUCUGUUGAAAAACAAAACGCACCCAGAAGUCUACCUUUUACAGAACGCAGUCAUGAUGAAUUGUAUUUGAAUAUUGUACAACAGACACAUCUUGUUGUGGGACAUCGGUGAGUAACACCAUGAUACAAGUGGAUAGAUUUCUAUCACUUGUUUUGAGAAAUGUUUUCACAAGAUGGGAGUGUGUCUACGGACGGACUAUAUAACUUUCCCCUGUUCCUCAUGUAACCACGACAUCCUCUGUGUGUACAGACUUCCAAUAGGCUGAACCUGAACCAUAUAGCACCUUCUCCUUCCUGUCAAUCAAAAUGACUCCACUUCUGUGACUCCUGGUCAAUAUUGUACCAUAUAGAAUUGACAGUUGUUAAAAUAUAGUUUAAUUACAAAUA